AACGGGGAAAAGAUGGCGUCGGUUUCAGAAUUGUACGAUGUUGGCUGGGAAGACAUGAGAGACAAGUUGAGAAAGUGGAGAGAAGAUAACAGCAGGAAUAGUGAACAAAUUGUGGAUGUCGGAGAAGAACUGAUCUCUGAACAUGCAUCCAAAUUAGGAGAUGAUGUUUGGAUUAUUUAUGAACAGGUGAUGAUUGCUGCAUUGGACUGCAGUCGGGAUGACUUGGCUUUGAACUGUCUCCAGGAACUGAAAAAGCAGUUUCCUGAUAGCCACAGAGUGAAGCGAUUAACAGGCAUGAGACUGGAGGCUUUGGAAAGGUAUGAUGAAGCCAACAAGCACUAUGAUGCCAUCCUCCAAGAGGAUCCCACCAAUACGGCUGCAAGGAAACGCAAGAUCUCCAUUUUAAAAGCUCAGGGGAAAUCAACUGAAGCCAUCAGGGAACUCAAUGAGUAUCUGGAACAAUUUGUUGGAGACCAGGAAGCAUGGCAUGAAUUGUCAGAACUCUACAUCAAUGAACAUGACUAUGGAAAAGCUGCAUUUUGCCUUGAAGAGCUCAUGAUGACCAAUCCUCACAAUCACCUGUACUGUGAACAGUAUGCUGAGGUGAAAUAUACUCAAGGGGGCCUAGAAAACCUGGAACUUAGCAGAAAGUAUUUUGCCCAGGCGCUGCGACUUAACAACCGAAACAUGAGGGCACUCUUUGGUCUUUACAUGUCUGCAAGUCACAUCGCUGCCAGUCCGAAAGUUAGCGCAAAGGUGAAGAAGGACAACAUGAAGUAUGCUGCUUGGGCAGCAGCGCAAAUAAAUAGGGCCUAUAAGCUUGCCGGACGUGGGGCAAAGGAAAACAAAUGCUCAGUGAAGGCUGUGGAGGAGAUGCUGGAGUCCAUGCAGAUCACCAUGUCCUAGAUGUCCCCCUUGGUCUCUGUCUCUCAUGUCCUUUCUCCUCUGCAUGUUCUUCUUUGUCAUCAGGAGCUACACUUUAGCCUCACGAUGCUAUCCGAACUGUCUCCUACUACAGUUUUUAAAAGGAAAAUUACUCAGUAAAAAGACAAAGUGCAGAGGUGUCCUCAUUCAUCUGGUGUGCAAUUUUGAACUUGCAGUCUUUAGCAAUCAUCGUACUUUUGUAACAUCAGUGUCAUGGAUAGAAUAAAGAGAAUAGAAUGGACAAGGCAAAUUGCUAUUUAUUAACACUGUAGCGAUCAACUUUACCUGUAAAUGCUACCCCAUUAACUGUUUUAUUAAUGUCUUAUUUAAUUGCCUUUACAGGGUAUGACUGAUGGAUAAACUGAAAAUAAAAUUUCUUAACAACUGUCAA